GUGCCGCCAUGGACCGGACUGCCGUCGUCAAAGUGGGCGCCGCAGCCAGCGCGAGCGUGUGCGCCCUGUUCGGCGGCGUGGUUCUGGCCCAGUACAUAGUCGCAAAGAAGAAACGAGCGGGGAAGAAGACGAGAAUCAUCGAAAUGAUGCCUCAGUUUGAGAAGAAGACGGUGCACAUGAGGGACCCCGAGAGGGUGGAGCAGAUCAUCUGCGGCCUCAUCAAGGGAGGAGCCUCCAAGCUUCAGAUCAUCACUGACUUUGACAUGACGCUAAGCAAGUUCGCCAUCAAUGGCAAACGCUGUCCGACGUGCCACAACAUCAUCGACAACUGCAGCCUGGUGACUGAGGAGUGUCGCCAGAAACUGCUGCAGCUCAAGAACAAAUACUACCCCAUCGAGAUUGACCCGCAACUCACCAUGGAGGAGAAGUACCCCUUCAUGGUUGAGUGGUAUUUCAAGUCUCACACUCUUCUGGUGGAACAGAGGAUGGAGAAGGACAAAUUGCCACAGGUGGUACAAGAUUCUGAUGCUGCACUCAGGGAGGGUUUCGAGCAGUUCUUCGACCGCCUGCACCAGCAUGACGUGCCCGUCUUCAUCUUCUCCGCCGGCCUGGGUGACAUCCUGGAGGAGAUCAUCCGCCAGGCGGGCGUCUACCACCCCAACAUCAAGGUGGUGUCCAACUUCAUGGACUUUGACGACAAUGGCAUCCUGCGGGGCUUCAAAGGCGAGCUGAUCCACGUUUACAACAAGCACGACGGCGCCCUGCGCAACACCGACUACUUCAAGCAGUUGAAGGAGAACUGUAACAUCAUCCUGAUGGGAGACUCGCUGGGCGACCUCAGCAUGGCCGAUGGUGUUACCAACGUGGAGAACAUCCUCAAGGUUGGCUUCCUCAACGACAAGGUGGAGGAGCGUCUGGACAAAUAUUUGGACUCUUAUGACAUCGUCCUAGUGAAGGACGAGACCCUUGAAGUGCCCAACGCCAUCCUCCAGAAGGUCCUAUAACUUCCUCCUCGGACCACUACCACCACUGGACCCCCUCCUCCCACCCUUACCCACCACACCUGCUUCAAAGCCUUUGUACAUUUCCUUAACGGACACUUUUAAAUGUGUCUUUUCAACUUCACUUUGUUUUUGUGUCAGACUCUCACUCCAUCUUGUCGACACCAGCAUCACACUGCAGUACAGUGGACCCCUGCAUAUUUGCGGUUCGGCAAUUCACUUAGUCGCUGAUUUUUUUGUGGGGCGUGACCUAUCUCCCGUUAUUCGUGGAAACCCCUGCUUAUUCGCAUAUUUUCUGACCCCCAAAUUCAUUGUUUUUUUUCUGCAUAGUUUUUUUUUGUUCCUUUAUGGGAACAAUAAGGGUGCGUCAAUUAUUCUUCAAACUAUUCUUGGUCGGCUCGGUCCCUAUCUCCUGCAAAUAGCGGGGGGUACAGUGAAAUCCAUUUAUCGCAGGGGAUGCAUUCCAAACCAACCCACACCAGGUGAAAAGCGGCGAUAACGGUAAUUAGCAUUGAUAUUAUGAUAAUUACAAACCUUCAAACAACUUAUUUCAACUUCUUUAAGACACACAGAGCACCAACACAUACAAACAGUACCCUAUACAAAGCACAGAUGUUAUGGUAAUCACACCACUUAACACAUGGAGCAUUGUCAGUGCAUUUAAUCGAUUGUAACUGAACAGUUCUGGUUGUCUGGUUGAAUUGAUCGUAACUGGUUGAUACAGUUGUGAUCGAUUCAAUGCCUUGACAAUGAAAUGACCUGGAUGAAUGAGAAUAUUCACAAUGAGCUGCAAUAUAGCGUGGGAACUCUGUAUACAGGCUUUCAUUUUUUACAAUAUGGUCAUCUUUAUGUACCAUAAAAUACGUACAUAUCUGCACCGGACCAGGAAAUGGGAUUCAGGAAACGAGGCCCUUUUGAAAAUCAUUAUAAUAGAAAUGAAAAUGGAUUCAGCACUCUCUGUUUAACUUUGGGAUGAGGUGAUUUGAGGAAAUGCACUUUAAAAUAGGUGUGAAUAUCUGUAGGAAUUAGAGGAUAUAUGCGUAUGUAUGAUGAUUUAAAAAAAAAACAAAA